AUGGAUCCCGUUGCCGCCCUGGCAGGCCUGGCCUUCCUAGCUGCGGCCGCCUAUCAGAAGACCGUCAUCGACCACGCUGCGCACAAGGUGGAAUAUGUCAAUCAGACCGUCUUCGUAGACCAGUACAUCCCGGUAGUGCAGUUCUCUACCAUUACGGAGACCGCAACGGUCAUCGAGACGGCCGACGCAACGACGGCGUUGCACCGCAACCUGCCAGUGACUUGGCAGAAGAGCUCUCUUAAGCAGGAGGACAUUGUCCGUGGAGCUGACGGUGAUAAUCAAUUUAUCAUCUUCUCAGUUUUGUCCUUUGUCGUUGUUCUGACUUUGUUGCUUUGGGCUUCCGGUCUCCGCUGCUGCUGCUGCAAGACGCCUCGAACAAACGCACCCGAGGAGACGGCUGACGACGACAAUGGCGGAGAAGGCCCUUCUCCUGUGAUGACAAAUCCGUCUGAGACUGACAAGGUCACUGGAGAUGUCCCGGAGACUGGGCAUCCCUCGCAACCCUCUGGCGGAGACGAUCUUGCUGCUGCGCCAAAUUUCUCGGAGACUGACCAGGUCGAUGAAGGCGUCCCAGAGACUGAAGCUUCUUCGGAUCUAGACCGUCUUCAAAUGCGAAUUGAAGAACAUGAGCAAGUCCUCAAUGAUCACGCGCGCUCGCUGUCCGCCGCACAGGACGUGACCAGAGCACAAGAGGACACGGCAAGAGCUCAGGAAAAAACGGCCAGAGCACAGGAGGACACGGCCAGAGCACAGAAGGACACGGCCAGAGCACAGGAGGGCACGGCCAAAGCACAAGAGCACGCGGCUAGAGCGCAGAAGGACACGGCUAAAGCACAGGAGGACGCCGCCAAAGCACAGGAGGACACUGCGCAAGCACAGAAGGACGCGGCCAGAGCCAAGCAGGACCUCGACAAGGUCGAAAGCAAGAAUCAAAAGCUUCAACAGCAGGCAAAUAACCUGCAGCGUGAGGUCUGGCGAGCCCAGGAGGAGAUGGCCAAAGCACAGAAGAACUCGACGAAAUCAUCGUCUGAAGCGAUCGAAGCACAGAAGGACGCAAUCACUGCCAAGAAGGCCCUUAAAGAGUUUGAAGGCAAGAAUCAAGAGCUUGAACAACAAGCAAAUAACAUGCAGCAUGAGGCCUCGCGAGCUCAGAGAAGUGAGCAGGAGGCUCGAGAUCAGCUUAAGAAGUGGCAAGACCACGCACGAAAGCUCGAAAUCGACAAUGUUCGUCUAGGCGCAGACAUCGAAACCCAACAAAACCAGAUCAAGACGCACUUGGAGAGCGACGUACAAGCGACGAAGAAGCUCGAAGAGUGCAGCAAGCACAGAGCGGAUCUUCAGACUCAGAAUCAGCAGCUGAAAGAAGAGCUGAAGAAGAGCCAAGACGAGGCAAAAGAGCUCAAGAUAGAGGCAGACAACAUCAACCGACACAGCCUUGAUGUCCAGCUCGCGGCGCACUGCGAGAUCGAAGAAGCGACGAAGAAGCUCGAAGAGUGCAAGGAUCAAGCAACGAAGGAGCUCGAACAGUGCAACAAGCACAAAGCGAUUCUCCAGACUCAGAAUGAGCAGCUGGCGAAAAAGAAUGCUGAGCUACAGGAACGUAUCUCGACUUUGAGCCGGAAGCAAGAAGCGACAAACGACAGUGUGCCAGCUGCUCAAGCCUCUGGUAUCCGACGCAGCGAUUCUGUCACCCCCUCUGUCACGACGCCAUCUGCUGCUCACCGUGAACUAGCAAGUGCAGCUGGAAAGGUUGGUACAGCAAAUUCGAACGCAGCACCGGUUUCAAAAGGCGCACCUGCACCGCCCUUGAGGCCUGCGGCUCCUCAAUCCUCUCGUCAUCGAGGCAGUGAUUCUGGCACCCCCUCUGUCACGACGCCACCUCCUGCGAAGCCUGAACCAUUCCAACAACUCGGCAAUUUCACACUGCCUCCCAAGAGUGCAGCUACAAAGAGUGUUACAGCGACGAAUACGAACGCAACACCACCACCUCCUACGAAGUAUGAACCAUUCCAACAACUCGACGGUUUGACACUGCCUCCCAAGAGUGCAGCUACAAAGAGUGUUACAGCGGCGAAUACGAACGCAACACCACCACCUCCUACGAAGUAUGAACCAUUCCAACAACUUGACGGUUUGACACUGCCUCCCAAGAGUGCAGCUACAAAGAGUGUUAUAGCGGCGAAUACGAACGCAACACUACCACCUCCUACGAAGUAUGAACCAUUCCAACAACUCGACGGUUUGGCACUGCCUCCCAAAAUCGCAGCUACAAAGAGUGUUACAGCGACGAACGCAACACCGCCACCUCCUGCGAAGCAUGAACCAUUCCAACAACUCGACGGUUUGGCACUGCCUCCCAAAAUCGCAGCUACAAAGAGUGCUACAGCGACGAAUACGAACGCAACACCUGUUGCACAAGGCGCACCUGCACUACCCAUGAGGCCUGCGGAUCCAUUUGCUGACGCCAACAUGGACAAUGUGUCAGAUUCGGAGGAUGGUGGGCCGGAGGAUGAACAGAUGGAAGAGGCGGAAGAUGGGCAGCGGGAGGACGAGGAUGAACCGAUGAAAGAGGCGGAAGAUGGGGAGUGGGAGAGCGAGGAUGAAGAAGAACACCCCAGUCAAGUGAACGCAGCAUUGCAAUCUUUGGCCGGCCGCGGAAAUCUGCUCGCUCAAGCUGCCCUCUCGCAGGCCAACGACUCGCAUGCAACUGGUACGACUGCAAGCUCUCCUAAUUCGACUACGACCGCGACCGCGGGAGUAGACGAUGUCAGUGAGGAUGCAGCUCCUACAGGUGGACAGGCACAAGCUCAAGGUCAGACGCAGAGCGGCAAUGCUGCGAACGGUGGAAUCUUCAACUUUUCAGGCAUUAGAGGAAAUCCGCCCACUCCCAAUGCAAGCGGAUCAGGAGGCUCCGGACGUGGAGGACGUGGAGGCCGUGGCGGAAGAGGCACAUCUGGAAAGGGAGGCAUUCCCCGUGGAGGUUUCGGAAAGAGAAAUUGA